AGGUGGAGGUGGUCAGGGGCUGAUGCGGGAGGGAGGAGGAAGAGGAUGGAGGAGAAGGCCCUGCGCAGCGUGAGCAGCUCCAGCAGCACCAAGCCCUACCUGGAGAAGCUCACCCUGGGGGUGACCCGCAUCCUAGAAGCUUCUCCAGGAGUUACUGAGGUGACGUUUGUGGAGAAGGUGCCAGUUGAGCGGCAUGCCAUUAUUUCAUGGGAACAGAAGAAUGCCUGCGUCUUGCCUGAGGAUUUAAAGAAUUUUUACCUGAUGACGGAUGGCUUCCACAUGACUUGGAGUGUAAAGUUUGAUGACAACCCCAUGCCCCUUGGCUCCAUGACCAUCAACAGCAUCUCCAAGUUAAACCGAGUCAGAGCAUCGCCCGUCUAUGCCUUGCCCAAUGCCCCCACCCUGGCUGACUUGGAGGACACCGACGAUGAAGAAGGUAAUGGGGGUCAGCCGGAGAAACCUCACCUGGACUCGCGGAGCCUGGUGUUUGAGCUGGACCCGUGCGGAGGGAAUGGGAAGGUCUGCCUCGUGUACAAGAACACCAAGCCGGUUGUCACCCCGGAUUCCGAGAUCUGGUUUCUGGACCGAGCUCUCUACUGGCAUUUCCUCACCAAAACCUUCACCGCUUACUACCGGCUCCUGAUCACCCACCUGGGACUUCCACAUUGGCAGUAUGCCUUCACCAGCUACGGCAUCAGCCCCCAGGCUAAGCAAUGGUUCAACAUGUACAAGCCCAUCACCGUCAACACGGAGCAGCUCUCUGAGGAAGCUGAAUCCUUCGUGAACAAGCUGGACCCAAACAAGGUCUUCCGCAGCAAAAGCAAAACUCCAGUGAUGAAGAAGAAGCUGGCAUCCCAGACGCCCUCCUCCCAGAAGGGCCAGGCAGGGACAGCCCCCAAGAAUCCUCAGCAGGCCGGAAGCUCCUCAAGGAGACGGGAACCCCAGCCCUGACUGACCUUUGCCCUUUGACCCUGCACCGCCCCAGAAAAGGCCUCCCAGGUUGUGGCUGGUGGAGCAUCGAAUGGGACCAAGUUGUGUUUAUCUAAAAGUAUUUAUUUAAAAGGCUUUAGGCUC